CAAAGAUCAGAGGGCACGGCACCCUUCUGGCAAGUCAGCCAGGAUGCGUUGCAUUCUUCUUUCCGUGAUGGGGUGCAAGAUAGCAGAUCUCAGAGAUCUAGUCUGCAAGACCGACCGCGUCGUCAAGCAGCGUCGGAUGGCGAGGCCAACAGCGACUUGCGAUCUCUGACGAUUGAGGAGCUGUGCAAAAACCGACAGCCUGACGAAUUCUUUCGACUGACGACAGAGGGCGACUGUCGAGACGUCGUCAGGUGUGACAGAGCCGGGUUGACUGGCAAAAUUCGUCUCGCCGGAGUGCGUUGUCCGAACGGAUUGGCCUUCGAUGUCCUGCGUCAGACAUGCGACUGGAAGGCCAAAGUUACCAACUGCGACCAGUUGGAGAAGCCCAGGAAAAUCCUUCCGCUGUUGUCCACGACGGAGCCUUUGUGUUCCUCGCCCACGGCCUUGGCGUGUGGUAACGGGGAGUGCAUAGCCAAGGAGCUGUUUUGCAACGGGAAACCCGACUGCAAGGACGGGUCGGACGAAAAUGCUUGCGCCGUGGACCAGGAUCCGAAUGCGGCGCCCAAGUGCGACACGUCCCAGUGCAUCCUGCCCGACUGCUUUUGCUCGGCUGACGGCACCCAGAUCCCGGGUGGCCUGGAACCACAGCAGGUGCCACAGAUGGUGACCAUCACCUUUUCCGGCGCAGUCAACGUGGACAACAUCGACCUGUUCGACGAGGUUUUCAACGGGAACCGGCAGAACCCGAACGGGUGCCAGAUCAAGGGCACGUUCUUCGUGUCGCACAAGUACACCAACUACUCGGCCGUGCAGGAGUUGCACCGCAAGGGCCACGAGAUGGCGGUGUUCUCGGUGACGAGUGAACCCGACGAGAACUACUGGACUCACGGCACGUACGAGGACUGGCUGGCUGAGAUGGCUGGGGCCAGGCUCAUCAUCGAGCGCUUUGCCAACAUCACUGACAACUCCAUCAUUGAAGAAGAAAAAAAAGUGCCGCUUGGAAAUCUUUCUUUCUCGUUGAAAUCCUGCGCCACGAACGAGGCAUUCAUUGCAAUCAUCAAUCUUGCCACAGGUGUGCGAGCACCGUAUCUGAGAAUCGGCGGCAACACGCAGUUUGAGAUGAUGGCGGACCAGUUGUUCGUGUAUGAUGCAACCAUCACGGCGCCACUCGGUCGAGUCCCAAUUUGGCCCUACACACUCUACUUCCGCAUGCCGCACAAGUGCGCCGGGAACGCCAACAACUGUCCGUCCAGGAGCCAUCCUGUCUGGGAAAUGGUGAUGAACGAAUUGGACAGAAGAGACGACCCCACGUUUGAUGAGAAACUACCUGGGUGUAACUUUGUUGACUCUUGCACCAAUAUUCAGAGUGCGGAUCAGCUUGGCCGACUCCUCCGACACAAUCUCAACCGACAUCUCAACUCAAAUCGGGCGCCUUUGGGAUUGCACUUCCACGCGUCCUGGCUGAAGCAGAGCAAGGAGUUCAAGCGCGCCUUGACUGGCUUCAUUGACGAGAUGCUCGACAGAAACGACGUGUACUUCGUCACCAUGCUGCAGGUCAUUCAAUGGAUGCAGAACCCUACAGAGCUGACGGGGCUCAGAGAUUUCCAAGAGUGGAAGGAGAAGUGUGACGUGAAGGGCAAUCCGUUCUGUUCUCUGCCCAAUGCAUGUCCCGCUACCACGCGGGAACUUCCCGGCGAAACUUUGAGACUGUUCACUUGCAUGGACUGUCCAAACAAUUACCCGUGGAUCCUGGAUCCCACCGGGGACGGAUUGAACACGCGAAACAACUUGACUGGUAUGUUUGUGAUCCAGUGGAUGCAGAACCCGACGGAGCUGCAGGGACUCAGGGAGUUUGAAGAGUGGAAGGACAAGUGCACCGUGCAGGGGAACCCGUUUUGCUCGCUGCCCAACUCGUGUCCAGUCACCACCAGAGAGCUGCCUGGCGAAACGCUGCGACUCUUCACCUGCAUGGACUGUCCCAACAACUACCCGUGGAUCUUGGAUCCCACCGGGGACAAUCUCAAUCUUUGACACUUCUGUCCUCCUCACCAACAAUGGAAACGAUAAGUUGAUCAGUUGCUCUUCUAUUGGAAAAGUGCAUUCGCUGCUGUGCUCACCCGUGACUUACCUGGUCACAAAUCUCCGUUACCUAUUUGCAACAUUAAUCUAAUUCCACGACUUCUCAAAUUUUGCGCCUAAAGACUUUCAAGUUUUAAGAAAGGAGUGAUCGAAUUCAUCGGUGUACUCAACAUUGUUGAUAUUUAUUUUUAUGGUUUUUAUUUGCGUAUUGUUUGUUCCUUCGUGGCUUUUGUCUCGACGAUAAUGAAAAAAAAGUCCGUGUACAUGCAGCAGACCGAAGUUCUGCAAA